AAGCUGACCACUCUUCACCCUGCAGCAAGAUCUGUGAUGACUUACACUGCAAAGAAGUGUGGCAUCUGCUUUCAGCCUCCUUCCAUUGUCCUGAUCUACAAAGAAGACAGCCAGGACAAGACUCGCCAGCGCAUCAUGCCUGUCAGAAAUUUCUCCAAGUUCUCAGACUGCAGCAUGGCUGCUGAGCAGCUGAAGAAUAACCCUCGGCACAAGGCUUACCUGGAAGGAGUCUCACUGCGGCAGCUACGGAAGAUGUACAGCUUGCUGAAAGGCCACCUGGGAGGGGAGAGCCUGGCUGAGAGCUUGGAAAAGUUUCAGCAGGAAGAGACCAUUGACCCAGAAGAGGACAUGAACAAACUAGAUGACAAGGAGCUAGCCAAAAGGAAGAGCAUCAUGGAUGAGCUCUUUGAAAAGAACAGGAAGAAGAAGGAUGACCCAGAUUUCGUCUAUGACAUUGAAGUUGAUUUUCCACAGGAUGAGCAGCUGGAGUCUUGUGGCUGGGACAUAGAGUCAGGUGAAGAAAUCUGAUUCUGGACAAAGAUGUCUUGGACAGGCAGUUCAGAGACAAAUCUCACAGGCCUGACAGAGAGAAUGAUGUCAGCACACGUAUUCCACUACCAUGUGCUCAGCUUACACUUUGCAUUGGCUGUGGAGGACCCCAGGCCUCAGGAGCUGCAGCAGUUCCAGGUUUAAGUGAACUUUAAGAAGCCAGACUUGAUGUAAUGGAACCUGGGCAGCUGAACUUACUGUUGGUUUUAGUCUCUUCCUGUGUAUGAGUGCCUAAAACAAUUUUCAAUUGUUUAAUCUUUCACAGAAUCACUGAAUGGUGGAGGGUGGAAAAAACCUCCAGAGAGCAUCUAGUCCAACCCCCUUGCUAAAGCAGAGUCACCCAGAGCAGGUUGCCCAGGAUUACAAUGUCCAGGUGGGUUUAGAAUAUCUCCAGAGAGGGAAACUCCACCAUCUUUCUGGGCAGCCAGCUCCAGGGCUGCAGCACCCUCACAGCAAAGAAUUUUUUCCUUAUGUUCAAGUGAAACCUCCUGGGUUCAAGUUUGUGCCUGUUGCACCUUGUCCUAUCACUGGGCACCACUAGGAAAAGUCUGGCCCCAUCCUCUUGUCCCCCACCCUUUAGAUACUUAUCAGCAUUGAUCAGAUCUCAGUCUGCUCUUCUCCAGGCUAAACAGUCCCAGGUCUCUCAGCCUUUCCUCCCCAGAGAGAUGCUCCACUCCCCUCAGCAUCUUUGUAACCUCUGUUGGACUCUCUCCAGUAGUUCCCUAUCGCUCUGGAACUGUGGAGCCCUAAACUGGACACAGGACUCCAGGACUCUGCCUGGACUCUACUCUGCAGAGUAGAAGGAGAGGAGAACCUCCCUU